CGUCCACUCUCAGGAUGGUCGUGUGAGUGUUGCUUCAGACCCCUCGAAGAUGCAUGUGACUCACCAUCCUAGCCCUGAUGGGGACAUCACUCUGAGGUGCUGGGUGCUGGGCUUUUACCCUGAAGAGAUCACCCUGAACUGGAAACGAGAUGGAGAGGACCAGACCCAGGACAUAGAGCUUGUGGAGACCAGGCCUGCAGGGGAUGGAAACUUCCAGAAAUGGGCAGCUGUGGAGGUGCCUGCUGGAGAGGAGCAGAGAUACACAUGCCAUGUGCAUCAUGAGGGGAUGCCUGAGCCCCUCACCCUGAGAUGGGAGCCACCCUCUCAGGCCACCAUCCCUAUCAUGGGAAUUGUUGCUGAUGUGGUCCUCCUUGGAGCUGUUGCCACUGGAGCUGUGGUCGCUUUUGUCUUGUGAAAGAAGAAAAACACAGGUAGGGAAAGUGUAGGGAGCUGCUCUGGAAAUACACGCCCUUAAGUCCUGAGCAAGAGAAUCUGAAGAAUUAUUGCACUCCGCAAUAACUUGGACUUUACUUCCGCUGGGAUAAUGAGAAAUUGCUCCAGGAGUAGGCGUUACAGGGUGGGGUUGAGUUACACUCACCUGUUCCUUUGUAAUCCUACCCUUGCCCUUUUUCAGAUAGAAUGUUCUAAGACAC